UGGUCUCCCUAUAAACCCUUCACCCUUUCAGUCGACCGUAGAAGUAUUUAAGGGGCGACAGUUCCUCUACCAGGCAUCAGUUCCAAGUCGCCUCUCCACCAUGAAAGCCGUCUUCGUCCUCUGCCUCGCCGCCCUGGCCUCCGCCGCCCCCAAGCCUCAGGGAGACGGCCCCGUCGUCGCCAUCUUGAGGGACGAACGCGUCGACAACGGCGACGGAAACUUCAACUACGCCUUCGAGGCCGACAACGGCAUCUCCAUGCAGGUCUCCGGAACCCCCGGUUCAGAGGGACAGGUCAACAUGGAGGGAGUCUACCUCCUUCCUCUGGCUGACGGAGGCUUCGCCGAGAUUCGCUUCAUCGCCAACGAGAACGGCUUCCAGCCCUCAGGAGACAUCCUGCCCACCCCCCACCCACUCCCCGCCCACGCCAUCGAGCAGAUCCGCAUCGCCGAGCAACAGAGGGCUGAAGGCAUCACCUUCGAAUAAACGAAUACAAACUACUGACAAGUUAAUCAACGAUAGACUGCCGAAUUUAUUCUUUCGUUAAACGUUUCCGCAAAUAUGUCAUUGUGUGAUGUUCGAAAAUAAUAAAAUGAUUGACGCUUAAAUACAA